CAUUGCUUUAUUUUGACCCUGUAUCACACACAUGCUUAUUUUAAAAUUUGGAGCCAUCGUUACGGUACAAUAUCUCUACAAAGUUAAUUUCCAAUAUGGUUGCAAAGGUUGUUGUUGUACUGUUGCCUGUUGUCAUGUCCCCCCAGUGCCUGUAGUAGGCUUGUGCUGUGAGAAGCCUCACAUCCGACGACAAAACCAACACCCCCUUGUCGUUGUAUACGGACAGUUGUUAUUCAAAUAAUCGACACUAAAAUGCAGUCGGUGUCCAUGCAAAUUUAUAGGCAUGGGGAUAAGCAGGUAAUUGCUCGGUAAAAAAACUAAAACUGGCGGUAGAAGCGCCCCAUAGGAUAUAAUAGCCGUUUCUAGGUAGCGCUGGUGGUGAAUAGCGUAUUCAACACUGAAGAAUCGAAGGUAGACGGGGCUAACGAAAAGCACCGGGCUCGAGCUGAAGACAUCCUACCUAGCGCGCAGAAUAAAGCGGCUGAAGCUCUACGCGAGGUCUGGGGAUUAUAUGGUGUGACAGGCCAACGCUAAUGUGCUCCAACACUCGAGGCACGGGAUGUACGAAGGCAAACACAUCCACUACUCGGAGCUGGACCACAAGCCACUGUGCUCCUACAGUCCCAAGCUGUGCAAGCAGCGACGCCUCAACGGCUAUGCCUUCUGCAUACGCCACGUGUUGGAGGACCGGAGCGCUCCCUUCAGACAGUGCGAGUAUGUGGCCAAGUACAAUAGCCAGCGCUGCACCAACCCCAUUCCCAAAGCAGAGGAUCGGAGGUAUUGCAACAGCCACCUGCAAGUCAUGGGCGUCCUCCCCAAAAAGGAGCGCAAGAAGAGGCAUGACUCCUUGGAAUCUCUGGCCCUCAACAUUACUGUUCCCUCUCUGGCUCUGAAGACUCCCAAUGGGCUUGACCAUCUACCCCCGUCUCCACCCCCAUCCCUACCCUCCUUGCUGUCGCUGGACCCCUUUGGCCUGUGUGGUGGUGAGGCCUUAGUCCAGACGGAGACCUUGUUGCCGCGGAAACCACCUCAGGGCCGGCAGAACAACAACCCCAAACAGCGGCCCAUCAGAGAGGUCGAGCCAGUCAGGCCGUCUCCCCUGCCAGCCGCGCCUGGCCGCUCUGCCGCUCACCUCCCUCAGCCAAUGAGCACACAGCAAAAGCCGCUAGUCCCUCCCACAUCCGUGCCCAUCACGUCUUACUCAGUCGGACUUCAGCAGGGCUUAUGCAAGUCUGUACCACCUCAGACGCACACAAGUUCAGCUUCCUCCAAUCAUAAGCAAGAGCCGAGCCCAAGGCCUGCUCCGAACAGAAAAUCGGCCCCCUCCAUGUCGGCUCCCCUCACCAGUAACACCAAUACCACCGUACCUGGGCGCCUGACGAUAACACCUGGGAGGCUAACGCGGCUGCAUAGAGUCAUGGAGGAGCAGGCGACAAAACGCGGUGACUUACACCCACAUUUUGGGUUAGACUGGUCUGAGGACAGUGCAGCAGAGGAUGACGAUGAGGAGGUGGCGAGAGUUGCAUCCUAUCAGUACUGGAGGCUUCAGUCACGACACUCAGAAGAGAGUGCUCAGGGUUGCAGCUCACGCAGUCAGCGUGUGGCGGGUCUGGCCUCGUACCUGCAGCAGAAGCACACGCACCUGCGGCGGGAGGAGAAGGCCCUACGUCGGCACAGGAAGUCACAACGAGCGCUUCGCGAGGCGCUGGUGGAAGCAGCCGCACAGGACCCCGGCCACACGGCAGAGUUCGUCCCCACGGCGAAUGCAAAGGCCUCAAGUACCAGGAUGUCAUGGAAGCAGGACUUCCAGGAAGGGCUCUGUACUGGCUGCACCAAGGACGAGACGUGUCGGAACCGGGCCCUGCCCUUCACACAACACUGCUUCCAACACAUUCUGUCGAAUGGCUCCCAGCAGCUCUUCAACAGCUGUACGGCGCGCUUCGCCGAUGGCGCCCAGUGUUCCAUUCCGGUCUUUGACAUCACGCACCAGACGCCACUCUGUGAUGAACAUGCCAAGAAAAUGGAUAACUUCCUGCGUGGGGAUGUGAGUCGCCGCAUGUACCACCAGCAGCAGCAGCAGCAGCAGCAGCAGAGGAAGCCCCUAAGGAAACCCAAGCCGGCCGCCCUGACCAAGAAGCACAAGAAGAAGGGCAAGAGGGGACCACGGCGGCCCCAGAAACCCAUCCCCCCCGCGCUGCCCCAGGGUAACCUGGGAAUGCCCUCCGCACUUAGCGUCCCCCCACAGUCCUCCAGCAUCAGGAGCCCGUUGACCCCAGACCUAAGCACUGAUGAAUUCCCCGAUGACAUCCCCAAUGACAUCAAUGACAUUUCACAUGAAUUGGAGCUUAACCAGGAAGACUUCUCUGAUGUUCUUCCAAGGCUGCCAGAUGAUCUGCAAGACUUUGACUUGUUUGAAGCUGCAGGUAAGACCAGCGAGCUUCUGCCCACAUCAGAAGAGGCAGAUGAGCUGGUGCGCGUACUACAGGCCAUGGGCUCCUACCCAGAAUCCCUUGCGUGCCUGAGCGGCAUGGGCGACCUGGGUCAGCCGGAGAGUGCGGAGUCGCGAGCGCUGACGGGCGGCGUGGUGGACCUCCUGAGCUCGCGCCUCUCCGCCGACACGUUCUCCAGCCUGGAGCUGGACCCCAGCCUUCUCCACCCGACGGACGACGGCUUCCCUCCGUCGCCGCUCUCCCCGCAGCACCCGCUCACGCCCCCGUCCUCGGUGCCCAACGCCACGGUCCUCUCCGACAGCACCUUCGCCCGCAGCAGGCAGUCCUCGCACCUCGCCGCCGACGGGAGUGGCGGCAGCGGCUGCAACGGCGUCGGCGUUGGCGGCGGCGGUGCCGUCUGUCACAUGGACUUGCACAGGCUCCAGGACCCCACCGCUGGCCCUUGGAGCGGCCUGCCUCUGAGCCUGGCCGACGGGCCUCCCUUUCACAGCCUGGUGGGCUCGGAGACACUGCUGCUGUCCACGGCGCUCUCCACCCCGCUGGCGUCUCUGCCGUCGGACCCGUGCCAGCCGGCGGCUCCCCUCUCCGCCCUCCCCCAGAGCAGCCUGACCGCCGCGCCUUCCCCCGCCGACCUCCUCUUCAUCUCCUCCUGCAUCUCCUCUGUCUCCGCCUCCGCCUCCCUGCCUCAGGACGUUCUCUGCUCCUCCACCCUCCUCAAGCAUCCUUCGCCCCAGCUGCUGAGCCACUGCGGGAUCCCCACCGACCUCCAGCCGCACCACAGCUCGCCGGCGCCCCCUAUGGACCAAGCGUGAAAAAGAAAACGCAAACCCCUUCCUCCCUCAGUGCAUCAGCCCGAUCUCAGCCACAGUGCAGUGAGAAGACCAUUGGUUACAGCACACACACACACACACACACACACACACACACACACACACACACACACACACACACACACACACACACACACACACACACAGUAUUCAGGGAUCAUGUUACAGAUUAUAAGUGUCAGGGGUCUGUCUGGUAACUUUUCAUUUUUAGAUCAUCUCCUCGUUGGUUAGUAAAGUGUCUUUUUUGUCACAUGAACUAUAUAAGUAUAUAUAUAUACACACACACAAAGCAAUAAAGGCUUCCCUUCAGUAUAGUAGUUCCGUUUUGUUUUUGCUCAUAGGAAAUGGUGGACAACCUUGAAUUUUUUAGAAAUUAAACAUGCAUAUUUAUGAGUAUGAAUAUGAAUAGGUUAGUGGUCUGCACAUAUGGUUUUUAUCGACGAGUGAAAACGUGUGGUUAUCGGUGGAAAAUGUGACAAUAUUUAAAACAAACAAAAAAAAAAUAUGGAAUGUUUUUUGUCAUCUGCGCAUUUGGUGGAGAAGGUAAUUUGCCCUCAGUUUUGUUUGAUGUCGAUAAAAAAAAAAAUGGUCGUGGUUUGUGACUGAUGGUGUUGUUAACAUGCUUUUGGUUGCUGUAGAACUGUGUGGCUAGUGGGUGGCACGGAUAUUAGUCAGAUCCCUCUCAUAGCCCUUCUACGUAAAACAGCAUCUCCUGGAGUCCCACGUUAGAAACUGCCAAAACAUGCCUUGGCGUCAGUGUUCCCUGUGCAUGCCCUCAGCCUUUACCUAAUCCUGCUUUCAAGAUCGAGACAAGGAAGACUGAUGGCAUUUUUUUUCCUCCCUCAGGGAUUCUGGAGGCCAAAUUUUGGGGAUUUCCUCAAAACAGCUUGAGUGGUUUUAAAGGUAUAAGGUAGUUAAAGCUGCUUUUUGCCAACACACGUUGUAAUAGACUACAAACAUGGAGGACAACUCAGAUAAAUCCUUUAAAAUUCCCUUGUAUUCAUUGAAUGUAUUGUUAUCAACAUCACAUGAAGCGUCUGAUAGUCUAACAAGCUUUUAUGAGUCCUUUUUAUGUGUUAAAGGUAUUUUUAUGUAUUCAAGAUGUUUACAUUUUUACUUGUAUUUUUUCUCUGAACAGAUAUUGUAAUAUGUGUGCAAUACACAUGUACUUUCUGUAUAGUGAGAGAAUUUAUCUUUUCAGUUUUGUUUUUCAAUGUGUGAAUUAAACUUGCUGUGACCAUG